GGACAUGCUUCAUGUGCAACGUUACAGAGAGCAGCUUGUUCUCAGAGGAGUUCCUACAGCGUGCAGAAUGAGGAAACACUGCAGGUGAAGAAGUCCUCUGACUCUGGAACGACACAAAGAGACACCAACAAGAAAACAACCUGGAUUAAUUUCUGCUAAAUUCAGUUAUGAGUUAUUGUCAGAGUGAUCCUGAUCAUCUCCAUGGAUUUAUUAUUUAAAAGUGUCUUCUCACCCAGAGGAACCACAUUAGGCCGACAACGAAACGGUGAUGCUGGCCAUGCAGCACUACAACUCCUCCGGCGUUAUCGCCCCCUUCUCCCGUUCCAACCAGACCCCCACGGUGCAGGAGACAGAGGUGGAGGCUGUAUCAAGCAACGCCACCGGAUCAGCUAACAACCCCACAGCCGCCGGCCUCAGCAUGACUCUGGGCAUCCUCUUCAACGUGGUGGCCCUCAUCAUCCUCGCCAAGGCUUACAGUCGCUACCGGCGGCGGUCAAAGGCCACUUUUCUACUCUUAGCGAGCUCAUUGAUAGCGACCGAUUUAGCAGGACAUGUGAUCCCUGGAGCUCUGGUGCUGAGGAGGUACUCGGUGCACACUCAGGGGUCCACAGAUGAUUCUGUUUCCACAUUUCGAGGUGACCCGGAGAACCCAGAUGCGUCGUGUUUGUUUCUCGGUGGUUGCAUGGUGUUCUUUGGACUCUGCCCCCUUUUUCUGGGGUGUGCUAUGGCUGCCGAGCGAUGCCUUGGCGUCACCAAGCCUUUGCUUCACGCUCGUUUAGUCACAACAGCUCGGACUAAAAUGGCACUCGCCUUGAUUUGGCUGCUAGCUUUAUGUGUGGCCCUCCUACCUUACUUCAGCCUUGGGGCCUACACUUACCAGUACCCAUGGACGUGGUGCUUUAUCAGGGUGGUGGAAGGCACUAGAGACACGGAUCUGGCCUUCGUGAUGGUGUUUUCUGGACUGGCGUUGAGCUCUUUGGCCUCGGCCUUUGUGUGCAACACCAUCAGUGGGAUCACGCUGGUGAGGGCUCGGCUAAAAAAGAAAAAGCCCUGCUCCCAGCGCAGCUCCGCAGGGUCUCAGGACACGGAGAUGGUGGUGCAGCUUGUGGGCAUCAUGGUCACCUCCUGCAUCUGUUGGAGCCCUCUGCUGGUUUUUGCACUGAUGUCAGCCACCAAGUCGUACAGUGGCAUGUUGGACAGUGAUAGAGACACUUUUAGGGGGCUGAUGGUGACCGGGGUCAGGAUGGCGACCUGUAACCAGAUCCUGGACCCGUGGGUUUACAUCCUGCUGCGACGCGCCGUCCUCAGGAAAAUCUACCGAAUCACAAAAAGACGGGCCAGUUUCAAGGGGAGCACUUUCCGCUCUGUUCGCUGGGACAUCAGCUCCUUCCAGACCUCAGAGAAAAGCAGCGUUAAUAACAUUUAAAUGGACUUCUUCACCUCAUGUAGCCCAGCACCUUUUACCCCUUCCUGUUUGAAUGCAAAUGUGUUAGUUCUACUAGCAGUUUUGUAAAAAGUCAAUUAUAUUUGGGAACAUUUACAGCUAGAGAGCGGCGAUUUAAUGGUUUAUAGUACCACAACUAUCAGCUAUAAGUGGCUGGCAGGAUUACAAAUGUCCAGAAAUCUAUGAGGACAUUUUUAAUAACUCUGUAGUGUUUUCUUGGUGUAAAUGGCUCCUAUGAGGAACUAAGGAAAACCGAAGCACACCAGCCUGUCAGACUCCAUAAAAAAGCAAAUGUUGACAUUGUUUUUGUAAUAACUCUCAACACCAGAAGGGUAGACGAACGUCCAAAGUCUGGAAGUUUAUAAAAACAUGUGAUGAUUGGGUCAUUAUUAUGAUUGAAGAUUUAAGAUUAUAAAUUAUGUAGUAUCUCAAAAUAAUGAACAUGUCAGUUUGCUAGUUAGCUAGCUAGUGAACAUUAGUAAUCUCUUUAGCAUGCUUACUAGCAAACGUUAGCUAACUUCCUAACAAGCUAGCUAGUGAACGUUAGCUAUAUAUCUAACUAGCUAUCUAUCGGCAAUUUGGCGAUUCAUAAUGUAAAUUAUCAUUUCUUAUUUAAUACCCUAUGGUUAACUUAGUGUGUGGACCUGCGUCUACCCCUUAUGGCAGUAAGAGAAAUUAUAAAACCCCAAAACAUCUGCGCAAAUACUGUAAUAUGCAUUAUUUGGAUAAACUAAUCACAUGUUGGGAAUCUGAAUGGUUAUAUUCUUGCCUGGAAAAGUAUUAAUUUGAGUAACAGUUUAUUUUAAAAAGCCUAAAAAAGGUGUCUUUUGCAAGUUAAGAUGACUACGCUAAGCUAAAUAAUCGCACUUCUGCCCUAAAACUGAAGUUUAAACACAAAACUGUGGAAGCUCCCCAGCUUGGACAAAGCGGGAUGUGUCAUCUACUUUUUAUUGGAUGAUCUGUUUCUGAUGGUCCGUAUACUAGACAUGUUUGCAUGGCAGUCUGUCCUAUACACGAGCAUAUGUAAAUAAUAAAAAGAGAUUACGUUGGUUGGAGUAAAAUAUGCUAACUUGUUGCUAAAGUGAAGACUGUAUCUAGUCAUAAAGCAAACAUCUCAACUCAAAGGGUUUGUUCGUUUAGUUCUCUGACACAAUGUAAAUGACUUUUAUAAAUGCUCACAUAAGAGAGCCAAAGAAAAGGCUGUGCAUUUACCUCAGCUUGAAGAUGUGAAAAAACACCAUGUAUGUGUCUAAUUUUAUGCUGUGACAUGAAUGUGAAUGUGUGACUGUUAUUUGUAUGUUUGUAAAUGUGUCGACAGUAUUUCCCCCAAGUUUCUGGGGACUGAAGUGAAGCUAUUUGUUGCAAAAGCUAAUUAAAUGUGAUGUUGUUAUCAAAAAGGGAAUGUUAAAUUGAAUAAUAAAUUGUUAUCUGCUAAUGUUUCAUUUUCAACUGGUCUAUAAUUGAUGACAUAGCUUCAACUAUCUUCUGAUUGAAUAAUAAAGCAUGGCACUCAUUC